AUGGUUGAUUCGAUUAAACAAGCUCCUCCAUUACUCAGACGUUCAUCAAGUAAUUUAUCAAGAGCACCAACACCACCACCAAUUGAAGAUAAUCCAAUAUCAUUAAAAGUUUCAAAAGUAUUAACAAGACCAAUUGACGAUGUAAGGGUUAAAUCAGCAUUAGAAGCACUUUCUGAAUUUUAUAUGCCAAACUUAAUUGAUCAUCAUGGUCAUCAUGGUUUACGUGAAAAUAUUGAACAAAAAUCAAUUGAAAUUAAUCGAAACUUUCUACAAGUAUUUCAUAAAUUAACUGAGCAAUUGUCAGUUAUUGAAUUAGAAAUAAAAUCUAUGAAUGAAAAUUACGAAGAAAUAGAAAAAAAUCUUAAAUCAGCAAAUCAACAAGUAUCAAUUUUAUUGGAAAAAAGUGAAAAUUUAAAAUCCCAAAAUCAAGGAAUGUGA